AUGGACAUAGCAAAUACCGAAGAAGGAGAAAAGGGGUCACAAGAAGAUGCACCCAAACAGGAAAAGGUGGCGGAGGAAUCGAAAGAGGAGGAGGCGGAUAUAAAAAUUCCUUCGAACGAGCAAUCACAGGUGAACCAUACUUCCAACCAGAAGGAACACCGAAGACAGAAAAAUGCAUCCUCGAGCAGCACUUACAGCGUCUUCCGUCAUUGGCGGAGGAGCACCUCUGUGGGCUCGAAAAGGUCUAACUCGACCAGAGCUCAACCCGAGACUCCAAAUGAUUUGGCGGCAAUCCAGAAAAUGGAACAAUUUCCUAUGGUUUUCUCCGAUGCCACCAUGCCUGAAGAGGACCUCUCGUUAAAAUUUCUAGCCCUGAACGCUUUAGAUCUAACGGCACCAGCCAGUGACGUUUUACUGAAGAACAGAUUGAAAUCCUGGUUCCAAUUAUCAGGCCAUCCGGAUGGUUUCGCGCCAGCCGGUCCCGGCACAGUUUGGAAAAGGAAAACUGGAGGGACGGAGAAUACAGAAACAAUCGUUUACGAGGCUCUUAGCAAAGAUAAAGAAUUACGUGAUUGCAUACCGAGAUACUACCGAGAAGUAGAGUACAAAGGUGAGACCUUCAUCGAGUUGCAGGAUCUUCUUUUCGGCUUCAACGAUCCUCACGUAAUGGACAUUAAGAUGGGCACAAGAACGUUCCUUGAGUCCGAGGUAUCGAAGACAACUGCUCGACCGGAUCUCUAUCUAAAGAUGAUUGCUGUCGAUCCUAACGCUCCAAUGAAGCAAGAAAACGAGCAGCAUGCCGUGACAAAAUUACGAUACAUGCAGUUCCGUGAACAGCAAAGCUCGACCCGCAGUCACGGGUUCCGAAUCGAGGCUAUGAAGUUACCAGGAGCGCCGCCGAUUACAUUAAAGAAGGUGAAAUCGCACCAAGAAGUCCUCGAUACCAUGAAAUAUUUCUUGGGGACGUGUGGGGCAACUUGCGAGAAGCUGCUUGUUCGUCUGAAGAAUCUUCGAUUCAAAAUUGAAAAGUCCGAGUACUUCAAGACUCACGAAAUAAUUGGAAGUAGUAUCUUUAUAAUCUAUGACGACGACAAAGUUGGUGUAUGGUUAAUUGACUUCGGUAAAACGCAAGCACUACCAAAUGGACUCAGAGUGACACACAGACGGCCAUGGGAACAGGGCAAUCAUGAAGAAGGAUUUUUAUUUGGUCUCGACAAUCUUAUUUCAACGGUAGAAGAAGUUAAUUUUUCAAAGGCUACAUAGUUUCCUGUCGCUUGUAAAUAUGCCUCACCGUCGAUUUGUUACAGUUACCUUUAAGGGCAAUAAUUUUUAUUUACAUUUACAAAGUACCC